AUGGUAGACAGAGAUCCAGGCUCGCCCACCUGGAAGUUCACACAAUGCUUUGGUGAUAAAGGUGAUGUAGAAGAUAUCACAGAGGCGGACAUCAUUUCGACCGUUGAAUUCGAUCAUACUGGUAACUACCUCGCUACGGGAGACAAGGGUGGACGUGUGGUGCUGUUUGAGCGUAAUGAAACGUCGCACGAGCCCGAAUUCGACUAUCUCAAAUCGUUAGAGAUCGAAGAGAAAAUCAACAAGAUAAAAUGGUGCCGCCGACAAAAUGCAUCCCACUUCCUCCUCUCGACCAACGACAAGACAAUAAAGCUGUGGAAGGUGUUUGACAAGUCUUUGAAAGUGGUCGCUGAGAACAAUCUAUCAAACGAGCUCACGCCAGCGGGCGCCGUGGGUGGCGGCGGCAUGCCCCGGGCACCCCGGCUCUCCUUCAAGGACCCCUCCGCGCUGAAGCUCCCGCGCAUGACACACCAUGACACCGUGGUGGCAGCAGUCCCGCGGAGAACGUACGCCAACGCCCACGCCUACCAUAUCAACAGCAUCUCCGUCAACAGCGAUGGCGAGACAUUCAUCAGCAGUGAUGACUUGCGAGUCAACUUGUGGAAUCUCAAUAUUCAGGACCAGAGCUUCAACAUUGUCGAUAUCAAGCCGGCAAACAUGGAGGAGCUGACCGAAGUGAUCACGGCGGCAGAGUUCCACCCCGUCGGCUGUAACUGGUUUAUGUACGCCAGUUCCAAGGGCACAAUCAAGCUGGCCGAUAUGCGGGAGCGGGCGCUGUGCGACGAGCACGCCAAACUGUUCGAACAAGAGGAGGACGCCUCCUCGCGUUCCUUCUUCUCCGAGAUCAUCUCCUCCAUCUCCGACGUGCGAUUCUCCCAUGACGGUCGGUACAUCGUGUCCCGCGACUAUCUGACCGUGAAGAUCUGGGAUGUCAACAUGGAACGACAACCGGUUAAGACGAUCCCCAUCCACGAACACCUGCGGCCGCGCUUGUGUGAUACGUACGAGAACGACAGCAUCUUUGACAAGUUUGAGGUGGUCUUCUCAGGAGAUGCGGAGAAUGUCAUGACGGGCAGCUACAACAACAACUUCAUGAUCUACCCGAAAGAAGACGACAAGGAGACGGAGAUUGUGCUGCAGGCGGACAAGUCGGCCUUCAAGGCCAAGAAGGUUGGCGUGCCGACCCCGAUGAACAAGGCAGGGAAUGGCAAGAAGGCCGGCUCGCGGUCCGGUAGCCCUGCAGGUCCGGGCAGUCGGAUGAAGAAGGAGACCGAUGCCGACCAGAUUGAUUUCAACAAGAAGAUCCUGCACAUGAGCUGGCAUCCCUUUGAGGACAGCAUUGCCAUUGCUGCUACGAACAACACCGUUCCCACCUCUGUCUAUAGCCAGAGGCAGUUGGUCAUUACUUUGGCACUCAACACAUUCAUCCGUGUCUACCCAUGUUCUCACCCGGCAUCCUCUUCCCUCUACACCUCGCUUAGCCUCCUCCCAGUCCUGGCUGACGAGUCGGUUUUUUCUGCCCGGCGUUCCGGGGCGAUGACGGAGGCGGAGGGUAUUGAUACUCUCCGCCAUACAGUGACAGAACCACAAUACGACCAUAACCUCACAGCCAGGCAUGUUCCCGACUGUCUUUUCCUGACCGGAACAACCCAGCCUCCGGUUUCUAACACGCUAGACCACCUCCGGAUUAGCGCAAAGGCCACUGGAGAGCCCGCGAUCGCGCGCAAAGGGAAUCAAUCACCCCCAGAGUCCCAGUCCCCUGUGUCCCUCCCUACUCGAUUACAUCCUCGUUUCCCAGUCUCCACCAUGAACCCUGGGAACGAUAGUUGGCACUCCUCUGCUGGUGGGCCGCCGUCGCACCCUGGCAUGGAUCAAAUGAACCAGCAGCAGAGGCCCUUGGGCUCUUUCAGUCAAAAUCCAUCUCAGCAAGGCCCGUCUCCGCAGCCCUCGGGCCCUGUCCUCCCCCUCCAUCCGUCGGGUGGCCAUUCGCUCCCUGGCCUGGCAGAAUUGAGCCAGAGCCACGGAGCAGCGCACCAGCCUCAGACGUACGGUCCACAUCCUCCCUCCCAUAAUGCCGGCCACUCCCUGCCGGGAAUCGGCCAAGCCAUGCAGCAUGCGUCUCCGCAGCUCAAUCGCGAGCGUGAGCGCGACUCCCGAGAGCGGGAGAUGAUGGAGCGCCAGCGCCAGCAGGAAGAGCAUGUCCACCGCGAGCGUGAGCAGCGGGAGCGGGAGCAGAUGGAACGCCAGCAGAUGGAGCGCCAGCGCGAGCAGCAGCAGCAGCAGCACCACCCUGUCCAGAGCCACACGGGCUCCAUCCCCCUCCAUCAACCCGUCGCCUCGAAGGUGCCCAACACCAUCCAUGGCCCUAACGGUCUUCUCUCCAACCUGAGUGGAGCUGCCGCGAACGGCCCUCAGGGUGCUGGUGGGCAGUCCUCUGGUGGACCUGGUAGCCUCUUCGGCCCCCAGAUGCAGCAGCAUGGUGAGGGUACGCCGCGAUCAUACAUGCAGCACCCCGGUGGGCCACCGGGUAACCCAAUGAUGGGCUACAAUGGAUCUGGUCAGCAGAUCCCGGGGAGUGUGGCUGCUCUGGCACAAGGCCAACAGCCAAUUCUCAAUGAUGCUCUGAGCUAUCUGGACCAAGUGAAGGUUCGCUUCGUCGAUCAGCCGGAUGUUUACAACCGAUUUUUGGAUAUAAUGAAAGAUUUCAAGAGCCAAGCGAUUGAUACUCCCGGCGUCAUCCAACGCGUCUCCACCCUUUUCAAUGGUCACCCUGCUCUCAUUCAGGGAUUCAACACCUUCCUCCCUCCCGGCUAUCGUAUUGAAUGCGGAACUGAAGAUAACCCCGAUGCGAUUCGCGUGACCACCCCCUCCGGCACCAAUACACUGAGCAUGCCUCGGACAGGACGUUCGCUGGAUUCUGGAGAUAUCGGCCCUUCGGGUGGUCUGCACGGGCGCCCCGAUUUUUAUGAUCAGUCGCGGCCUGGAUGGCAGCAAAGCCAGCAGCAACAGCCACAGCAGCAGCCUGGGUCGUACUCGCCCGGCUCUCGCAUGAUGGGUCCCGGCAUGUAUCAGCAAGAUGGAUCUAGCCAAGAACACCACUACGGCUACCAAAGCCAGCAGGAGCCACAGGCGGCCGCCACUGCGGCGGCUAUGUCACAUCAGCAAGAUCACCGUGGUGUCGCGCAGUUGCAAGGUGCUGCCUCGGCCUCUGCUGGUAUGGGUCGGCCAACUCUUCUCCAAGUGACCUCGGCUGCGGGAGCGAACGCAAGUCUGACUCAGCCUAUGAACAAUCUGGCUGGCGUUGGCACUGGUAUGCUGCAAGGUGCUCAUGGCGACCUGACCAAGCGCGGACCCGUGGAAUUCAACCACGCCAUAAGCUAUGUGAACAAGAUCAAGAAUCGCUUCUCCAGUGCGCCAGAGAUCUACAAGCAAUUCCUUGAGAUUUUGCAGACGUACCAGCGGGAGUCUAAGCCCAUUCAGGAUGUCUACGCGCAGGUGACCCAACUGUUCAACACUGCCCCGGAUCUCCUGGAAGAUUUCAAGCAGUUCUUGCCUGAAUCUGCGGCCCAUGCAAAGCAGCAAGCAGCGGCUCGCGCAGCCGAAGAGGCUGCUCCUCUCAGCAAUUUGCGUGGAGAUCCCAUGGGCCCUGGCGGUCUCGCUUCUCAGACCCCCAACCGGGAUGUCAAAAUGCCACCCCUUGGUCAAUUCAAUGUCAAGGAAAAGGAAGGCAAGAAGCGCCGCGGUGGUCCAGGUGGUGCCGGCGUGACCUCUUCCAUGUCCGGCCCUGCUGGUGCUGAGGCUGCGCGGAUGGCUGAUGUCCAGGCUGGCCGCACUCAGGGUCAAUUUGGUAACGUUAAUAAGAGAGCCAAGUACCACCACGGCAAACCCUCAACAGGUGCUGACUUGUCGAAUGUGUCUCCGACCUUGAUCCCUGCGCUCCCAGAACCCAUCCAGCCGUCUGUUUCGAUGACUCCGAGUCAAGAGGAGAUUGCCUUCUUUGACCGCGUGAAGAAGUUCAUCGCGAACAAGCAGGUCUUCAGCGAUUUCCUGAAGCUGUGCAACCUGUACACCACCGACCUUGUGGAUCGUCAUGUUCUGGUCAAGAGAGCCGAGGGAUACAUUGGGUCUAAUGCGGAGCUCAUGAGCUGGUUCAAGCGAUUUAUGAGUGUCGAGGAGCCUGAGGACAAAACCAUCGACCCUAAGCCGCGAACGGAGGCUGGUAUGGUCAACUUGGCUCAUUGUCGAUCCCUGGGGCCUAGCUACCGUCUUCUGCCUAAGCGGGAGCGCCAGAAGCCUUGCAGCGGCCGUGACCAGCUGUGCUUUGAGGUUUUGAAUGACGAAUGGGCAUCUCAUCCUACCUGGGCAUCCGAGGAUUCUGGGUUUGUUGCGCACCGAAAGAACCAGUACGAAGACGCCUUGCAUCGCAUAGAGGAGGACCGCCAUGAUUACGAUCACCACAUCGAAGCGUGCACCCGCACUAUCCAGCUGAUCGAGCCGAUCUGCCAGCAGUUCCUUGUCAUGAGUGAAGCUGAACGGGCUGCUUUCAAACUGCCUCGCGGUCUUGGUGGCCAGAGCGAAGCGAUUUACCAGCGGGUGAUCAAGAAAAUCUAUGAUCGCCAGCGCGGCGAGAAGAUCAUCCGUGACAUGUUUGAGCGCCCUUGCCAGAUUCUUCCGAUUGUUCUCUACCGUCUCAAACAGAAGCUGGAGGAGUGGAAGGUGUGCCAGCGCGAGUGGGAUAAGGUCUGGCGCGAGCAGAUGCAGCGCGCAUACUGGCGCAGUCUCGACCACCAGGCCAUUGCUACGAAGCAGACGGACAAGAAGCUCUUCAUCGCGAAGAACAUCCAGCAAGAAGUUCAGUCCAAGUUCGAGGAGGACCGGAACCUUCGCAAGGGUGGAUGGACCCCAUCCAAAUACCAGCGCGAGUUUACCUUCAGUGACUUGGACGUCGUAUUAGAUGCCACUCACCUGCUCAUCUUGUACUUUGAACGGGGAACCAGUGGCUUCGGCGCCGAUACGCAGAAGUUGACAGCCUUUGUCAAGGACUUCAUCCCAGUGUUCUUCGACCUGGACCGGGAGACUUUCCACGACUAUAUGGAUGAAAUUUCGGUUGCAACCUCGCCUGCCGAGGAGGUAGACGGGGAGAAUUUCGCGGCCGAGGACGCCUCAAAUUCCAGUCGGAAAGAGCUCAACACCCAGAAGAUCGGCCUCUUGCGCGAGGCUCUUGAGCGUAAGACUGAGAAAGGGAAACGGACUAAGGAGGAUGGUGCUGUUGCAACUCCCCUUGCGACCCCCGAGGUUCCGCGAGCUCCAUCUGCCGCCGUUUCAGAGCCCGAGGAGUUUAACGUGGCCGAGCUCAAGUGGAUGGAGCAUCCCGGUCAGGGCAACUUCAAUCUGCAGCGCGAGUACACGCUUAACGAGAAGUACGAGAAGAAGGUGCACAAUCUGUACGCCAACUUGAACAUUUAUUGCUUCUUCCGGACCUUUGAAAUCCUCUACGAGCGUCUGCUGCGCGUCAAGGGGCAGGAGGCGGAAGCUCACGAGCAAGUGCGUCGAGGUCUUUUGCCCAAGCCUGCGCAUGAACUGGCUCUGAUUGACCGAUUCCCUACGGAUUUCUUCUACGACUGCGACCCCAAGGCCAAUCUGUACCAGCAGGUUGUGCGCAUGUGCGAGGAAGUGAUCAAAGGCGACAUGGACCAGAUCCAUCUGGAGGAAACCCUGCGCCGCUACUACAUGCAGGGUGGCUAUCUGCUCUACAACCUUGACCGCAUUUUGUCUUCGAUUACCAAGUACGCUGCAUCCAUCUUCACUGGUGAUUCGCGCGAUCGCAGCUCGGAUAUCGUGAAUCUCUUCUUCCGGGAACGGGAGAAGGAGGAGACUACGCACCACCAGGAGAUCCAGUAUCGCAAGCAGGUGGAGAAGAUGAUCAAGGAUGGCGAUCUCUAUCGCAUCACCUACUACCCAUCGGAGCGCCGGACAACCGUCCAACUGAUAACCCCCGAGGACGUGACCUUCGACAACGCGGAGCUAAGCUCCGAAGCCCGCUGGUCGUACUACGUUACCGCAUACUCGAUGCGUGACCCGACCGAAGGCGUGCAGUUCUCCGCAAUGCGCAUGCCCUUCUUGAAGCGCAACCUGCCAGGCAAGCUGGACGAGGACGAGGAGUAUGACCGCUUCUACCGACGCCUGCAGCAUUUUGACGGUCUUAUUAUCCGCGUCUGCGCCAACAACUACACGAUGCUCUACCAGCCUGAAACCUACGACUGGUUCUGGCGCUCCACCGCCCCGAUCGUCGACAAGGAUGCUGAUGCUGAGACGGCCAAAACCCAGACAGAGGACGCUGCCAAGGAGAAGGCUGCACUGCGUGAGAAGCGCCAUGACCGCUUCGUCGAGAAGUUCGUCAACAACCCCAACUGGGCCCGUGGUCUUAGCAAGGACAAGGUGGACGAGUCAAAUCAGCGCUUCCGCUCUUGGCUGAAUGGUACCUUGUCCGCUGAGAAUGCUGUUUCUGCCACCGAGGAGGCUGAAAAGCCCACUGAAGACAAGGAGGCUGAGAAGAGCAAGAGUCCCCCGAAGGAGGACCAGCCCGAUGCCGAGAUGGCAGAUGCCGCACCACCCGCGCCUGAGGCAGAGGCGGAGACUACGGAGGCGCAAUGA